GGGAAAAAACUCGUAAAAGGAAACUAUCGGGUGUAUAACAAUCCCGUCCGUAGCUGUGCGCCUUUGUUUACCUGCUACACCAUUUGGAGAAAUCGAGUAGUACAACUCCGUUAUAAUCAUGGUUCAGAAACCGAAAGAUGGUUACCAUUUGAUCCUUUGUUCGGGAUGGCAUCCGAUGCGUGGAAUCUCGAACAUUCGCCUGCGAGUUUGACUGUAGACUAUUCGAGACGUGAGAAAGAAUGCCUUGUUCAACAGCCUAGGUUUCCUUGUGGCAUAGGAAAAGCACAGGUGUGUAGUGUUUAAACUACAUUCUAUGUUGCCCCACAUCAGAAAACAUGAGGUUGUUGAGCAGCUAAAUCUAGAACUUGAAUAUUUGGCCUAUUUUUAUGAGUUUGAUAACCAACCAUAAAUCAUUCUUUGCUCAAUAUAUACACCCAUCAGAAAACCAUUCGAACAAUCCACUCGAAAAUCGACACAUAUUCUGCUCAACACAGACGGAAAAGAGCAGGAAAAUGGAACACAAACCGAGCCAUUUGGUACUCGUCUUAGUGCUAGUAAUCUUAGCAAGUAAUACACAAAUUUCAGAUGCUCAAGGUGGAUCGUCAUGUGUUGACAGUCUUUCACCGUGUCUAAAUUACUUAAACAGCACUCGUGAACCACCCAACUCUUGCUGCGAUCCUCUAAAAUAUGUUAUCGAGUCUAACCAACAAUGCUUGUGCAGAAUGAUAAGUACCCAAGGCAGUUUCCAAGCUCAGCUCCUCGGCAUUAACAUCUCUCAGGUCGAGUUGCUGCCUGAAAGAUGUGGGCAGCGUGUUAACCCGAUUGCCUGCCUCAAAGGCUUGUCGGGCUCACGAAACUCAGUUCAGAAUUCCUCAGCUGAGCAUUGGUUCCCUUCUCUAAUAAUGCUUGUUUCCGCUGCUUUGUUGAUGAUAAUUAAUCUUUGAAAUUCAGAUCAUAUGAAUUAUAAUUUAUUUUAUCAUACCUUUUGUGACAAAGUUUAUAUAUUAUUUUUUUUUCCAAUUAAGGGAAGGUUUUCAUGUAACUCAACCUUAUUUCAAGUGUAUCAUGUCCAUAAGCACAUACAUCAUAUUGUUCUAUCAACUUAUUAUAGCGGUUUUUUUAUUUAUAUUAUUGUAAUAUACUCCCUCCAAUUCAGCACUAACGUCCCAUUUGUUUUUUAGACACUAUUUAUUUCUUAUUCUUAAUUUGUAUUUUGUUAUUAAUCUACAAGUUAAAACAUAGUCACGUGGGAUCUUGUUUAAUUCGUCUCAAUGCAAGGAUUAUUUAUAUCAACUUUCCAUAAUUUUUAAUAAUGCACAAUUAGAGAUAUUAAGGAUUGAAUAAGUGCAUUGGAUAGAGUGUAUAAAGUAAAUAGGACGUUAGUGCUGAAUUGAAGGGAGUAGUUACGAAACUUUUGGAAAAUAAAAAUUAUUGGAUAAUACUAUGCCUUUUGAGAUUAAUGUUCUGCCAUUAUUGUUGUUGUGAAUCAUAGUACAUAACCCCGAGUUAAGGCGAUCCUCUUUGAUUGAGAUUGCUCCAUCGAGAAAAAUA